AUGCACCACUGGAAGCGAGACUUGUACGCAGAAUUUUUCGCGAAAAACUCGCGAUGUCGAACGACGAUGGACGUUUCCGGAAACUGCCUCGGGAUAUUGUUGAGCCACGCAAUUGGAUCCCCAAAUGAUGGAGGACAGAUUCGCGUCAGCUUUUAUCGAGUGGUGAAACCGAUGACAGUCACUGCCAAUUUCAUUGACAUUUCCAAUGGAGCGAAGGCAGCCGAAUUCCUUGGAACAGUUUUGACACGCACCCCCAAAAGUAUAACGAAAGCGUCUGGAGCUCAAAAUUUGAUUACCCAAAACCCAACGGACCGGAGCAGUGCCGUCGGGCACUUUUGCGUGCCAACAAAAAAGAUAGGUAAAAGACGUGCGUUUACUCACCGUGCCCGUGCAUGUGCUAACUGCGUUGCCGUACAGGCCACCACAUUAUUUCGCCCGACAGCCACUUCGAGACGCCGCAGCCAAUCACAGCAGAUCACCGCAGCGGGUUUCCGUCAACUACAACCCGCCGGGUGCCCGACAUCACCGGCAACCGCAAGAACAUCAGCAGCACCAACGUCAACAUUCGCUGUCGGUGUUCCGCUUCACCUUUUGAGCGUCAGCAACAACAUCACCAGCAGCAUCGAUUCUAACACCAACACACGCUCCCGUCGAGGGUUGAGCCAGGCGACCGAAAGGGAAACACAGCGCCGUCCCGGGCGGACAUGGCAUUGCCACUGUAACCGGGCUGCAGGGGGCACCUUUUUUUUAAACACUCCCGAGAUAACACGAAUUCGUUUUGAAACCCGCCGAAAACUGAAUUUUCCGUUCUAA